AUGAGCGAGAAGCAAACAAAUUACGUGGAAGAUCUUCUUACACAAUUGCAAAAUGAGCUUAGUAGAGAUGUCUUGUCUGAAGAAAUCAACGCACUACUAAGAAAAUGUUCAUUGAAUUUGGUGACUGUUGCCACCCUUCCAGACAUGGAUAUUAAACCACUACUGGCUACGAUCAAGCAUUUAUUGACGUCGAACAUCUCGUAUGAUACAUUAAAUUACGAUUACCUUUUGGACAUAGUAGACAAACUGGUUCCCAUGGUUGCUUUUGACGACGUGUUAGAAAUUUAUGGUGUGGACGAUUUAAUAGAAGCCCUAAAUUCAGGAAUAGAUCCAUUAACUGUAGCAGCAUGUAAAGUUAUAGAGCAUUGUCAACCAAAGGGUUUAUUUGCCACUAGUAAUAUUAUUGAUAUUUUACUGGAUAUUCUAUUUGAUGAGAAAGUAGGAAACGAUAAGGUUACUGAAUCAAUUGAAAAGGCGUUGGAAAAACUAAGUUCAGAUGAGUUGAUUAGACGUCGAUUAUUUGACAAUAACUUGCCGUUUUUAAUGAAUGUGAAGAGCAGAAUGGAGACAAUAUCUUUUGUUAGAUUGAUUGAUUUCUUGGCUGUUGAGUUUCCGUUCAUUAAUGGACCUGAGUUCAAAGCUGCUUUAUUUUGUUUUACUAAGGAUGAAGUUUUGAAGUCUGUGGACGAUAUUCUUGUAUUCGUUGAAUUAGUUAACUAUUUCACCAAACUUUUAGUGGAUAUACGAAACCAAGAUAAAUACUGGGCCUUAAAGAAUGUCAAAAAGACAUUGCCAAUGUUUGCCCAACUUUUUGAAGAUACAGAAAACUAUCCAGAUAUCAGGACCUUCUCUAAAAAUCGUUUAUUACAGUUAUUUGCCGAGAUUUCUCGAAUUGACGAAGAUGAAUUUUCUCUUUUCAAAGCUAUUGAUAAAGACUUCUUGAAGAUUGGGUCUGAAACGAGGUUGGUAAACGAGUGGUUGCAAUUAAUCGACCCACAUUAUUUGAUAAGGAAUCAUAAGGCUCUGGUUAAAGAUUACUUUCAUAUCAGCGGUUAUAGCAUGGAAAUUCUAAGAAAUCUUGCGGCGGACGAAGAAUGCUUCAACGCUAUAAGAGACAAGUUUGAUUCUGAGAUUAUUUUAAAACUGCCAUAUUUAGAACAAAUGCAACUAGUGGAAACCUUGACAAGAUUCGGAUAUUCAUCAAAGUUCUUACUCAGCGAACUACCAAAGGUAAUGGCUGGUUUGAUAGGCGAAGGAAGUGCAGAUGCUAUCGUAGAUUUGGAGACCACACAUUAUAGAAAUUCUGCCCUGAGGAAUCUGUUGGAUAUUGGUGAGAAAAACCUAAGUGUAUGGUAUGAACCUUUAGUGCGAGAGUACUCUGUGGCGAUAAAUGGGAAGAAUUAUUCUAAAAACGGCGAAACAAAGAUUGCAGAUGAUUAUAUUGCAUAA